GCAGAGGCUGAAGAAACCUUGGUGCAAUUGUAAAGUUUUGCCUUCUUUCCCCACUUAAACAGGAAAUACAAACAGAUGAACAAAAGAGAUCUGAGAAGCACAAUCCCUUCAGUAAUUGUUCAGACCAAGACCGCCCAAAUAGAAAACACAUGCUAUUUCCCCUUUGCCUGACCAAUUUGGCAUUCAGAGUACAAGUUUACAGGAGAAGGGCUGGGUCUUUCCAGGCAGGAACUGGAGUCAGAGGUUUCCCUGUUACUUGCUGGGAGAGAAGACCAUUAGGAAUGCCUUUCAGUGCAUGGGAUUCUGAACUGUCUCACAGUAGCCAGGCAGCUUGGGGCAAUCUAACCACAGCACAUCCUCACCCCUGCAGGAAUCCUGAUGCAGGCCAAGUACAGCAGCACGAGGAACAUGCUGGAUUCUGAUGGGGACACCACCAUGAGCCUGCAUUCUCGAGCCUCUACUACAACCCAGCAGCCAGAGCCUGGGCACACAGAGCACCAGCUUCCCUCUUCAGCUUGGCGUCCAGUCGCCCUGACCCUGCUGACCUUGUGCCUGGUGCUACUGAUUGGCCUGGCAGCCCUGGGGCUUGUGUUUUUUCAGUACUACCAGCUCUCCAAUAGUCAGCAAGAUAGUAUUUCUGAAAAGGAAGAAAGAUUGGGGAAUCUCUCCCGAAAACUGCAAUCUCUCCAAACCCAGAAUAAGAAACUUGUAGAAACUCUGCAGCGUGUGGCUGAGAAACUCUGUCGUGAGCUCUAUAACAAAACUGGAGAGCACAGAUGUAGCCCUUGCCCAGAAAAAUGGAAGUGGCUUGGGGACAAAUGCUACCAGUUCUAUAAAGAGAGCAAGAAUUGGCAAGGCUGUGAAUAUUUCUGCAUUGCUGAGAACUCUACCAUGCUGAAGAUAAACACACAAGAAGUGCUGGAGUUUGCCAUGUCUCAGAGCUACAGUGAGUUUUUCUACUCCUAUUGGACAGGGCUAUCCCGCAGUGGUAGUGGCAAGGGCUGGCUGUGGAUAGAUGGAGCCCCUUACACCUCUGAACUGUUUGAGAUAAUUAUAGAUUUUACAAGCCUAAGAAGCAGGGACUGUGUGACCAUCCUCAAUGGAAAGGCCUUCUCCAAGGACUGCAAAGAGUUGAGGCGGUGUGCAUGUGAAAAAAUGGCGACCACAGUCAAGCUAGAGAAACUCCCAUAG